CUUCUUUUUUCCCCGCAAUGAACUUCUCUCAAAAGCGGUGGAGAGAGCAGAACGUGAGGAGUGAGGAAAAAGGCAAGCCGCACGACGCGAGCAUGGCUCGGCGUCGGAGUGAAGCGCUCUUCGUCGCCGUGGUUUCCUUCGUCGUCUGCUAUUGGCGCCAUCCGUCAAACGCGGCGGCUACUCCGGAUAAAGAUCUUCGGCCGCUGACGCAGUCGGAGCUGUCCAAGCUGCUGACCGACCUGCUGGCUCUGAACCCGGACACAGCGGACUGCCCGGCCCCUCGCGUGCCCGUGCCCCGCACCCGGUGCCGGGCCCACCCCUGCUCAAGCGACGACGACUGCCGCUGGAACAGCCACCGGUGCUGCUUCAACGGGUGCGUGUUCACCUGCCUGCCCAAGCUGGCGCCGCCACCAGUUAUCGACUGGGCGAAAGAAGCUCGCCCGAUCAACGGCACGAAGACGUCGAAGCACUUCACGGGUAUUGUAUGCAGCACUGCGCCAGUGUACGCGCCCGCAGCUCCGCUGCAGUGCCCCGAGGGCAUGGUGUGCGUCACCAAGGACGUCGGGGACCCACUUACCGGACAGCCCAGCCUGGGCGAGUGCAUCGUCGACCCGCACGCAAGGACCACACUGCCCUCUGGUGAUGGCAGCCAAUCACAACUGGAGAGCUUGGGCAGUGAAACAGUAUUCCUUCCUGGUGGCUGCAUCCUAACCAAAGAGCAAUACAAGAGCAUGGAAGAGUUCAAGCAGAAGCCAUACAUCACUGGAUGUACUUGCAAGCAAGGCUCCGUGGAAUGCAAGAUCUCAACAGAAAAAAGCUUUGAUCGCAAACGGCCACUGAAGCGGUGAUGACCAGCGCUCCCAAGGAAAACAUCUUGGAAUCCAUCUGUACAUAGUGUACAUAGCGUGUGGAAAGCAGUGUGGCGUCCUUUUGCUGUCCAAGAUAUUGCCUCAACACCAACGCUCAGAGCAGUGUCAACCUGCAUGAGAGACCAGAGGCAAUGAAUUGUGAUGUCAGUACUGCGAAGCCUGUAAGAAUUUACACCAGGGCUGGGAUAAUUCGGUGAUUCUUUUCGUUCGAUUACACCUCAUUCCUACUAGUGUCAGCGUAUGAUCCUGUCUGUGCUGGUGCUAUUGGUCGUACGAGAUCACUUCCAGUAACAGGAAAAGGCAAAAAGGGUUAUAGCAAAACAGGAACAGAACCCACAGAAAUAUUCUUUUUGAGGCUGGCUCAUGAGACACUGUGCAAAUGUACAGCGGUGAACAGACAAAGACAAGAGUGAGAAUUAUAAUGGACAUGGUGCCGAAUAACAAAUAAGUCUAUAUGCAGUUUCCACCUGAAGAGACAGAGAAUGCAAAUAAAAAUAAUGUAGAAGAAGAAGAAAAAAAUCUAAGAAAGGAAGCAGUGCUCCAGAGGUCAGCCUCUGGUCCGCUACUUCCUUACAUAACAAAACGAAGCAACUAGCCAACAGCAAGUUUCUUUGAAACUCUCAUCACUGUUUUUGUCUUCUAAUCUGUUUUAUUAUUCUAUAGCACUUCAUUUGAUUAUCGUUUUUGUUGUGUGCUAACAUCGUACAAUGAUCAAAAUUGAAAUGCAAACAAUUUCGAAACUGCACUAUUGCAGGUUCACCUGCAUUUGUAAGAGCAUUCAGACUCCAAAACACCACACUUGGGACUAAUCUAUGCUUAGAAACCGGCUACAGAAUGAUUAUACAUCGCACUUACAUGUUCAUGUAAUAAUGAUACAUGAACAGCAACAAAAGGCAUUUGUUGCUGUUCAUGUAUCAAUUUGUCAGGACUGGUCGACGUCAAUUUAAACAGAACACCCAAAUGUUUUGAGACGCCCAUAGGGGCUAAAGCACACAUGCCCUUCAUAAAGGUGUUCAAUUGAGAUUAAAAUUUCAACAGGAAAACUUAUUGUUAUGGAUCAAGUUCCUAAAUUUGAACCCAUUAUGCA